AUGGCUUUGAUAAAGAACAAUGUGUUUUUCACUUCUUUGUUGAUUCUUGUAGCUCUUUUUGGAGUUGCCCUUGGAGGAACCGUUCACAAGGUUGGAGACUCUGAAGGAUGGACUAUGAUAGGAGUCGAUUACGAGGCUUGGGCUUGUUCAAGAACUUUUCAAGUUGGAGACUCUUUGGUCUUCAACUACAACAAAGACUUUCAUGACGUUACCGAAGUCACUCACAAUGAUUUCGAGAUGUGUGAUUCGUCUAAACCGCUUAUGAAAUAUAAUACCGGAUCUGACUCAAUCAAUUUAACCAAAUCAGGACUCCAACAGUUCAUAUGCGGAGUCCCUGGUCACUGCAUGUUAGGACAGAAACUUCAAAUCCACGUUGUACCAGCCUCUUUGGGUCACAUCGUUGCUCCGGUUCCUGGACCGGUCCGAUCACCAAGCUCUUCCUCGUCUCCUUCACCAACCAACGCUCCACAAUAUAAUCAUCAGAUGACUCCAUCACCUCUUCAAAACGGUGGUGCCAUGAAGUCAGCUUCUUGGAUUGGCUACAUCAGCUUGUUGGCCAUGAUCUUAGCAUUCUAG